AUGCGGUCACUACUCACCCUCUUCAGCGCGUUGCUGGCAUAUACCACGGCUGUGUACGCAACCGCUCUCACCUACCGAUUAGAAGCGCACGAGAAAGCAUGCUUCUUCGCGACCGUUGAGAACAAGGGGACCAAGCUGGCCUUUUACUUUGCAGUGCAAUCCGGAGGCUCUUUCGAUGUCGACUACUCGGUUGUCGGCCCCACAGACAAAGUCAUUCUCGACGGCACCAAGGAGCGACAGGGCGAUUUCGUCUUCACAGCGCUUGACGUGGGCGAAUACCGCUUCUGCUUCAACAAUGAGAUGAGCACGUUCGCCGAGAAGAUGGUCGAUUUCGAGAUUGCCGUUGAGAACGAAGCCGCCCGUGCCAAGAUCCCAUCCAAGCAGGGCUCCUCCCCUGAGCAGACCUCUGUCCUCGAAGAAUCCAUCCUCAAGCUCUCCGCGCAACUCUCCACCAUCUCCCGCAACCAGAAAUACUUCCGCACGCGCGAGAACCGCAACUUCAGCACCGUCAAGAGCACCGAGAAGAGGAUACUCAACUUCAGUUUGAUGGAGUCGGGCUUGAUUAUGACCAUGGCAGGACUGCAGGUCUUCAUUGUCCGCUUCUUUUUCCAGGGCGCCAGGAAAGGUAUUAUAUGA